AUGUCGACUCCUACGCUGUCAAUUCCCUAUAUGCGCAUCAAGUUUGCAGAAGCGUCCGUCCUGACGUACACGAACCCGAAGCCUUGGAGGUGCAUGAAGAUCAGUGACUGCUCCUACUGGCACCUCACGAACACUGUCUACUGGAAGAAUCUCGCUUCCAAGCAGUACGCCAUAUUCUACGAGAGCGACAAUUGCGAUACGGAUGACAAGUAUUACUUUGUUUCGGAUAUCAACAACCCUGCUGGCGGAGACUACACGUUCAAGAAGAACACGGAGUUCCGGUCCAUGGCGCUCGGCAAAUACAAGGACGAGGCAAAGUUCACGUACGUCAACAACUGCCCAAAGGACAAGGAAAACGCAGUGGUGAAUGAGACGAGUGUCUUCGUGACCUGGGAAAAUGACGAUGAAUCAAGCGGUCUGUCGUCGAAUUGGACUAACACUCUUCCAUGA